GCCUUCAUCAGCAGCUGCAGUUCCUUUCAUAAAACACUCAUGCAGUCACAGUGCUGCAAGAAACAAGGACGUCCUUUAGACAGGAAACAGGGAGUGAGCAGUUAAAUAGCCUAGCCUGCUGCUAACAGAAAGGUUGGAGUGUUAAGUCGUCGUUUGUUAAGACUCAAAUCACCGGGACAGAUCUGCCCACAGAAGACUACUUUACUUGUCAAAUCUGAAUGUAAACUGUGAAGCAGAGGGAGGAAGGAAUUAAAAGCCAUCGCCAUGGAUUUUGUUAUGAAGCAAGCUUUGGGAGGGGCCACCAAAGACAUGGGAAAGAUGUUGGGGGGUGAUGAAGAGAAAGAUCCUGAUGCUGAAAAGAAGGAGGAAGAAAGACAAGAAGCCCUUCGGCAGGAAGAAGAGGAAAGGAAGGCAAAAUAUCAAAAAAUGGAAGCCGAACGGGAAACAAUGCGACAAGGCAUUCGGGAUAAGUACGGUAUAAAGAAGAGAGAGGAAAAAGAAGCUGAAGCUCAGGCAGCCAUGGAGGUGGCAGCAGAGGGGAGUCUUACCCGCCCAAAGAAGGCAAUACCUGCAGGCUGUGGCAAUGAAGAAGAGGAGGAAGAUGAAAGCAUUCUAGACACUGUCAUGAAAUAUCUUCCUGGCCCCUUCCAAGACAUGUUCAAAAAGUAACAGGGCUAAAGCUAUUCGAUUGUUACCUUUGUUUAUAAGGCAAAUGUAUUCUCCCUGGGAGAUUUAGAACACAGUCCCAAGUAUACCAUGGUCCACCUGUUAUUUUUUUUUUGUUUGUUUGUUUGUUUGUGUGUGUGUGUGUGUGUAAAUAGCCUCUGGUUUAAACAAAAGAAAUAAAUAAAAAUAAGCAACAUUCUUUAAAAAAAACCUCUGAGUAUAAGCCAUACUUUUACCUUUUAAGAAAAGCUCAGAGUCAUACCAUGUUGUUGUACAAGUUUCGUUGUUAUUUCAAGCAUUUAUCUAACCUUCUAUAGUGCUAAACAUAUUUCCUAAUACACCCCAUGAACACUAAAUGUAACAUUAUAUGGUAAAAAGGCAAAAAAGUAUGCAGUAUAUUGGAAUAACAACUCUUUUUUUUUUCAAGCAUGCCAAUGUUCAAGUCAUUUGUGAAUAUCUGUACAACUUAUUUUCAGUGAAUUGCAUAAAGGAUUAAGGCAAUAA